AUGAUUCAAAAAUCUAAAAAUAAUGAUUUUUUAGAACAAUAUAAUAUCGAACUUAUUCCGUACAAUUCGUUCGAAAAAUUUAAAGCUGAUAAUGCCAUAUUAUCUAAUGCAAUUAUUCAUGGAAAACGUGAAGUUACAGUUUUAGGAACUCCCAAAAAAUAUAUCAAAAUCUAUACAGAAUGUUGGCAGAAUGAUUUAAAUCAACGUCCGAUAAUUCAAAACGUUUUUAAAGAUCUAAAUAAGAUUAAUUAUGACAAAGAAGAAAUCUUUACAGAGUAUGAUAAAAAUGAAGAGAAUAAAGAUCAAUUAAUAUCCGAAAGUUCAAAUACAACAGAUUUAUUAAUUCAUUAUACUAGUUUACAUAAUGAAACAGCCAAGGAAUUAAAUUUAAUUUCUUCAAUUAUUGCAACUCUUAAGAAAUCAUUAGUUGAAGAUAAAUUAUUAAAUAAUCAGCAUAAUAUAUUAAAUUUAUCGGGUACUUUAAAUACAUGUACUUCCAUAACAACUACAACAAUUCCAUUUUUUCCCCAAACUAACAUAACUAAGCAAUUUGAUUCUUCUGAUCAACAAUUUCUUGACAACUUAAAUCAAAUAUUUAUAACUCAAUUCAAUGUACAAAGUGCUUCAAAAGAUACUUCAGAUUCUAUAAUAUAUCAUUUAAGAAAAUAUAUCGAUAUUAAUAAUAAAAAUACCGUGAAAAUUCUAAAACAAUAUGAUAAUCACCAAUAUAGAUAUACUUUUACAAGUAUUAUGGGUUUCUUUUAUGAAUAUGGAAUUGGAACAACUGUUGAUUAUAACAAAGCAUUCAAUAUGUAUAGACAAGCUGCAAAUAAUUGUCGCUUUACUAAAAAUCAUCUCAUCGGAUUAAUUUCUCUUGCAGAUUUGCAAGACUCCAUUGAAUCUAAAAUAAUCACAAAUUUAGUAUUAGUUCAUAAAAUAUUUGCUUUACUAAAAAUAUUUACUGCGACACCAGCUGCGGCUAAUACUUUAAUAACAUUUGUUUUGAAAUAA